AUGUCGUUUCCCCGUCCCAAAGGCGAGCAGGCUUUAACGGGGAAAGCGUAUUUCCACGUCGUGUAUGAACCAUGGCUACAAGGCGAUGCAUCCAUGUUCUACAGCUGGUUCUUCAACAUUGCGCUCAGUGACAAAGCAGCGGUGACUGAUGUCCAAGGCAUUGAGGAUAUUAUUUUGGAAAUUGAACGAGCUGCGUCAUGUCGUCUACCGACUGGCCAUGCGCAAACUGCCACGAAAGACGACGGCUACCAGGGAAAUAUUAACGUUAUAAUUCUUGCUUUUCAUUAUUUGGACCAUGUUCAUGAACCAACUCUCCGAAACUUUGAUCCAAAUAUUCCUAUCGUCGCGACACCUGAAGCAGCCGCCAUCGUCAGACCGUGGAAUCAUUUUAAGACCAUAUCUUUGAGUCACGAUUUGGACAGUUUCGCCAAGACAUGGCGCUCACCAGAGCUUCAUCCAGAUCACCUACCUGACUGGUUGACUAUCCUGCGUCUACCAGGCCAUGCCAUUCUGAACUUCUGUACCGCCCUGGUCUGGACCCACGAAGAUGUGCACGAAACUAUGCUCCUGUCACCCCACGGCACACACCUCGACCAAGGCCCUCUAGAUGCCUUUUUACAAGCGGAGCCAAAGACAGAAAUUUUGACACUGCUGCAUGGACUGAAAGAGAGUCAUGGAAUAAAUGGCGUGAAUAAGCUGGGGGUGAAAGGAGGUCUUGCUUUGUAUCGAAAAAUUGGGGGUAGCAAGAGCUGGAUUCUAAAUCAUGAUAAUGAUUUUACCUACUCAGGUUUCUUCUUAUGGGUAACGAGGACGGUUGACCUUCCGCGGUCUAUGGAAUGGGCGCUUAAGGGAGAAAGAAAGCAGAAUGAGGCAGAAGACUUGGACGUUCCAAACUUUGUUCAAAUUGCUAAUGGAGGAAUGGUUAUGCUUGAGGGAUAA